AUGUCCAAGCACUUCAAACUUGGGUCCCUCCACCACACGUGCACGAUCGAUCUGAAAGUCGAUUUCGAGUGUGGUGACGGUAUGGCCCGCGCGCUACGAAUACGAUUCCUUGUGACAUCUUGGAUCUUGAAGGAUGGAAAUAAUCUAUCCUUCAGUCCUUCAGCCCUUGCAAAUUCUAUGGCUCCGUUAAAUAUCGUUCGAAGUGUCCUCGCUGUCCAUGGUGUCUUGUCCAAAAGGGGACCGCACAAUCUAGGCAGAGAGAAGACCACACCGGAGUCAAAAGGUCUUCAUGCCUUACUAAAUUCGGAUUUGUCUAAAGUCAGCAUCAUGUUCGAUGAGCUGUAUUAG